UCACUUCUUAGCCCCCGCCGGCCUCCGCUGGCCUUCCGCCAGCCUUCCGCCGUGAGCGAGACGCGAGGACCCAAAAGGCCCUUUCUGGCACGCGCCGCCCGGUGGACGAGGCCAGCGAUGGAGGGGAGGGGCGAGGAUGGCCCCCACUGCUGCUCUCCAGGGUGAGCCUGCGCAGCAGCGGUCGCGACCGCCUCGGCCACACUGCGGGCAAGAUUCAUGUCUAUAAUCAGUGCCUCUUGGACUUUUUUGGAAGCGGCGCCACAAGGCCGGCGCGGCUUCCAGGAGCCGCUCCGGGGGCCAGAUCCAGGCGCACAGCCCGCUGCUGCCGCCUCGCCGCGGGUCUCGGCGAGCGUCUCGGGGAUCGGGAGCGGCCCCGUUGGGCCCCCGCUCCUACGUGUAGUCGACUGCAGGAGCAGAAAGGAAAGGGCCGGUAUCGGACGGGCGACCAGCCCCGGGCCUGCGCUCAGAGGGCCCACGCCGCAACGAGCAGCGGCCCCGCCACCGCGGCGGUCGGGGCGGCCGCUCCGUACGCGGAGUUGACGUCCACGCUGAGCGGAAGCUGCAGGAACUCUCCACACGUCAGCGGUGCGGUCGGCUGCGGAGUCGGCGCAAGGGUGGGGGCAGGUGUGGGAUGCGGCGUCGGCGAGGGGGUUGGCGCUGCGGUCCAGGUCGGUGCCGCAGGGGGGAGAAGAGGUGGUGGACAUGGAAGUGGAGGAGAGGGAGGAGCGGGUGGAGGCAGACGUGGAGAUGGAGGUGGGGAGAGGACAAACAGGAGGGAACGACAGCGCCCGCGUCGGUGCUGCAGUCGGGGCUGCCGUCGGCGCUGGCGUCGGCGACGAGGUCGGCGCCUGCGUCGGGGACAGAGUCGGCGGCGAUGGCGUCGGCGACGUGGUCGGCGGCGCUGGUGUCGGCGACGAGGUCGGCAGCGGCGUCGGGGACGAAGUCGGCGGCACGGGCGUCGGUGCUGCAGUCGGGACCUCGGUCGGCGCCAGCGUCGGUGACGCAGUCGGCACUGGCGUCGGGGACGGGGUCGGCUCGGCGGUGGGCACGGGCGUCGGGGACGGGGUCGGUGCCGCGGUCGGCGCUGGCGUCGGGGACGAAGUCGGUACGGCGGUGGGCACUGGCGUCGGUGCAGAAGUCGGCGCUGGCGUCGGGGACAAAGUCGGCGGCGCUGGCGUCGGCGACGAGGUCGGCGGCGCUGGCGUCGGAGCUGCAGUCGGAACCCGCCCGCGUCGGUGCUGCAGUCGGGGCUGCCGUCGGCGCUGGCGUCGGCGACGAGGUCGGCGCCUGCGUCGGGGACAGAGUCGGCGGCGAUGGCGUCGGCGACGUGGUCGGCGGCGCUGGUGUCGGCGACGAGGUCGGCAGCGGCGUCGGGGACGAAGUCGGCGGCACGGGCGUCGGUGCUGCAGUCGGGACCUCGGUCGGCGCCAGCGUCGGUGACGCAGUCGGCACUGGCGUCGGGGACGGGGUCGGCUCGGCGGUGGGCACGGGCGUCGGGGACGGGGUCGGUGCCGCGGUCGGCGCUGGCGUCGGUGCAGAGGUCGGCGGCGCCGGCGUCGGCGACGCGGUUGGCGGCGCUGGCGUCGGUGACGAGGUUGGCAACGGCGUCGGCGCUGCCGUGGGCACCACCUCCUGCGGAGCACGAGGCGAUUGAGCACGGAUAGGGGAAAGGGCCAUCGCACACCGUGUCAAGCCCUUGGCCACGAAUCCGGGCGGGCACGCGUACUGGCCCAUGGCCCCCAAGCUCAGAGCCAAGAGCGCGGCGGCGCGGCACGGUGUGCGAGCCAUCGUGCCGGGGGCCGGCCGGCGGGGCACUGCGCGCGGGCACGGGCCCAGGCCGAGGCCCCCAUCACAGCCCCCCUCGCAUGGUUUCGAGGACCUCGAGCCAAAAUGGCUGGAG